AUGAUUCGAGAUGGAGUAACCCCUGGUCUACACAGCUAUAUCACACUGAUCAGUGGAUUAUGCAAGAUUAAAACGGUGGAUGAAACCAUGGUUCUCUUCAAAGACAUGCAUUGCAACGAUCAGGCAAUUGCAUUAUUCAAUAAUGUCAUAGACAGGGGCAUUCAUCCAGAUGUACACACAUACACAAUAAUUAUUGAUGGACUAUGCAAAGGCGGAAGACUUGAGGAUUCACAGGAGGUUUUUCAGGAUUUAUUGAAUAAUGGCUAUCGUCUAAAUGUGGCAGCAUACAAUGCUAUGAUCAAUGGGCUUUGUAAAGAAGGCAAGGUUGAUGAACCAUUGUGUCAAAAAUGGAAGACAAUCGGUUGCAGUCCUGAUGCUAUAACUUUUGAAACAAUUAUCUGUGCUCUCUUUGAAAGAGAUGAGAAUGAUACAGCCGAGAAACUUCUUCAUGAAAUGGUUGCCAGAGGCUUGUUGUGA